AUGCGUGCCUCCCCCCAACUCGUUCUCAUCCUUUCGGCUAUUUCUGCAGUCGAAGCUUCAAGAGGUUCCAAGUGUCGCCAUGGACGACCCAGGAAUGGCAAUUCGGUUCCUGAUGUCUCAGCGGACCCGCAUCUGGCAACAUCAGAUGAUGCCUCCAGCAUUAUUUCCAGUAUUUCGACAACAGUAGAGGUGGUGAAGACUGGACAAGCGCAAACCGUUAUCUCGACCGCCCUUACUGUCCCGACCGAGACACCUCAAGUAACUGAGCCCGCCAAUGAUGCUGGGGAUGUCAAGCCUCAAGAGGAAGAAGCAUCAUCACAGAAUACAGCUUCAUUGCCGACAUCACAACAAAAGAAAAGCACCACGGCUGCUCUCAAGGAGCCUACCAAGAAGUUCUGCGGCAAACCCAACGAAUCCGAAGUCCUGUUUGGGACGCCAUGGAUUGUCUUCUCCAUGAACUACAACUACCAGUCCAUCAAAGGCUCUUCCUGUGUCGGCUACUACGACUACGCAGGCUCUGGUGACAACCAGACCAUCCAUUGGAGCGUCCUAUGGGACAUCGAUCCCAAUGUCGGCACGAACCUCGUCAAGGGCUACAACUUUAUCGGUCUUACGCAGGGUCUGGAAACAAGGCUCAGUGAUAUCAAGAGCAUUCCUUCCAAGUAUGAGUGGACCACUAGCAAGACUACUGAUUAUAAAGGGAAUGUUGUGUAUGACUUUAUGACCUGCGAUACAAAGGGAGACUCAACCUCCAGCAAUGCGCAGGAGCUCAUGCUGUGGUUAAACUGGCAGGGCGGUCAAGUUCCCAUUGGAUGGGGUGAGGGACCCAUCGCUACCAUCGAUGGACUGUUUGGCAAAGACGGCUGGAAGCUGUACCAAGGUGUCAACGCCGAUACUGGCAUCACUGUGACCUCGCUCCUGUGCCCCGAGGGCAGUCAGUUCGGUAACGAAGAGGGCGGUAGUUUUGAGGGCGACAUCAAGGACUGGCUUGUGGCGCUCUCCAAGAAAGGCGUGUUCAAGUCAGACACGUAUGUCAAUGUUGGAAAUGCUGGCAUGGAACCUUACUAUGGCACUGUUGACUUUGACAACCAUCUGAGCCUCAGGAUCAACGUCUAG